AUGGUCGUUGAAAUCCGAUACCCUGGGGUUGAGGGGGACCGUUUCAUAAAUGGAGCCAAAGGUGCUAUAAACAGCCUCACCAUAACCCUAUGUGAUGAGGGUGCGGUGGAAGCCUUCAUCCAAAUGAUUGAGGAGGCGCGGCAUGAAAAUGUGCAUGACGACGUGCCAGGUGUCCCGGAAAAUCCUAAGAAGCACUCAAUUGCUUUCAUUGAGCUGGAGCCAGCUUCUGCAGACGGCAACUGUGAAUCGGUUGCAAGAUUGAAGGCCACGGCAACCUCCGAGGCCGAUGCUUCCUCCCCUCUUCGCAAUAUUUCAUUGCGUACACGACAGCAGCAGGGAUCGAAAGAGGCGCCAGUGACACAAGACCGCGGUUCUAACGUUGCGCCUUCGGCCAGUGCCAGCGAAAAGUCGACCGAGGACACGCCGGCCUUGAAGCUUCCUCUCGAGGAUAAGCCCUUGAUUGAACGACUACGUGCUUCGCAGAGAAGGCCAAGAGAUGUGCAAUCAAAAGACAAAGUAAGCUCUAGGAAAUCACAGCUGGGUCGCAGGAAUUUGAAAGCGGACGUCGCGGAAGGUGCAAUGGGAAAAGGACACCCGCCUUCGACCGCCAGUGAUGCUGCUCAAACUCAACCUCAUUCUCCAGACCCAUCCUUCCCAUCCAACAAAUCGAAUUACAAGCAUAACGCUGAAUUGGCAAACAAGCCCACUCCCGCUUCGUCGGAGAAAGUACGCAAAUUCAUCGGCGUCGAUCCCGGACGGCGGGUUGUCGACCAGCCCGCUGAAUCGACCCGCAAACGGCCCAGGCAUGAAAUUACUAUGGCUAACCUGAUUGACGUCCAACCUGACUCACGAGGCGACUCUGAAGCUGGUAAACGAUCGGCCAGAACUGGCCUCAAGCGGAGGGCGGGAAAAGUCUCCACAGCGCUCCAGAACGAACAGUCGCAGAAGCCAUCUAAAUUCGUUUCAAAAGCAGCUGAAUUUGACCUCCCACCUUCCAAUGAUGAGGGAUCCCGGCCCGCAAAGAAAACAAAGACGAAGAAUCCCAAGGCCUCGAUCAAGCCCUCUCCCAGGGAAUCUGCAAAAGUGAACAGGCAGAAUGUUCAGGUUGCAGCUUCACCAAAACGGCACAAGGAAAAGGCAAUUGGGACGAAGUUGACCAAGACUCUGGAGAUAAAGACCCAGAAGACUGCCGCUUCAACGAGGGCCAGGCGGGUUACUCAAGAACCAAUAUACAUCGAAAGUGAUGAUGAGAUCGAAGAGGGCGGUGCAGGGGAAGCAACCAACGCAGAAAAAUCUCUUGAACACCAAGAGUGUAACAGCCUUGAGGAAGCAGCGGAAGACUCGCUUCCACUCAGCAAAGGGGCGCUAGAAAAUGCACUGAAAGCCCCGCAACUCAAUUUCGAAACCAACAUGCGAGAGAUUGUCGACGGCGACGGCACUGACCGGGAAGAUCGGUCGAUAGCAGGUGCCGUUGCGCGCGACCCUCCAGGUGGGCAAACCGCACCAAAAGCUACCCCUGUGGUUCCAUCCACCAGUCAUAAACAGACUCCAGCGAAGAAAGAGAAGCGUGUAUCAAACCCCCCGACCACAAAAGCCGUCUCCAAAGAUACGCCUGGUUUAGAGAACAAUGGUCAGCGAAAAUCCACCCCCCAGCGCAACUCGAUACUACUGAGUGAAAGUCCGAUACCUCCUGUGGAAGAGAAACUAUUGCGAAAAACUAAAAUCGUACACUUUGGUCCUCAAGGCCCUGCCAAUCAGGCUGUUCAGCAAAAGUCCCCGGUGACGCCGGUCAGACCUGAAACAACAAAGGAGACCAGUCCGAUAUCUCAAGACUUAGAUCUAAAGCAGGGUGAACGUGUGGAAGACAUCGAUGAACUUGUCCCGGACCACAGCUAUGAGCCUAUGCUGAGGCCACCAGAAAUUAAGGAGACCCAACCCUCUUUUUCACAUCACGGCGAUGAUAUACUGAAGCUGUCCAUCGGAGGCCGAGAUGCGGAUAUUAAUGCAUAUGCUGAUAACGCGGACGAGCUUGUUAUCGAAGGUUACGAUGAAUCAACAAGAGAUAUCCCUUACGACCAGGAGGCUUCUGAAAAUAUCGUCCCGGGAGCCGAGGACGCAGCAAGUGAGGUCUCUUUCCAGGUAAAUGACCUUCACAGCUCGCACAAGAACGAUACACAACAAUACAGACUGCAUAUCCCUCUUCUUCCCGAUGAACUGUCUCCCUACGACGCUCCUGGAGCCGAAGAGUCUCAAAUUCCUGGUGAGCCGACACGCAAGUCCAUCGGAACCAACUCGACCUUGGAUCAGCAACAUCCCCAACCUCAAAAGGUUGUGAGAACUAGCAAAAUCCGUGCCAGUUAUCGGACACCAGAAAUGCAAGAAGUCGCGAUUAGCAGUGUUGCAACCGACAUGGUCCAUCCGGUGUCCAAGGGAGUGGUAGAGCCUAAGAAUUCUGAGGAGCCCCAUGGGUUAAACCACUCGGGACUGAUCUGUGAAGGCGACACUACAUCUCGCAUCCUUCCAAUUCCUAUCUCGCAAACCGCACACGCAGAUGCAGAAAAUGUCCACCGCCAACCCAUUUCGGCACGGAAGGCAAAUCUACAGACUGGUUCGCAAACCAUGCGCAAGCCUUACACACCCCUCUCGCACCGUGUGACCGAGACGAUGGGCACUCCCCCACCACCGACGAUUCCGCUCCGGUCAGUCGAGCAAUCUAAUCCUCUUCGCAAAUCCUGGCCGGCAGCUAAGGUGGAUCUGCACGUAAUUGUGCCUCAAAAGUCACCAAGUGAGCCAAUUAAACCCGUCAUUUCUGGUCCUGUUAGAGUGAAGAAGAGCCUUAGUGUGCCCAUUUCAGGCAUUGAGCCCCCACUGCCUGUGCUUGAAUCCGAACUGCCUCCAGCAACGCCUGUCUCCUUCUCGACGCGCCUCAACUUACACCUGCCUCUCCCGGCCACCGUGACAGCAAACAACGAAGGCUCGAAGGCGAUUGAAGGAGAUACGAGUCAAAACGUCGGUAACGGCAGCUUGACCGUUGUGAAUGAGGACGAAACGGUCUUUGGAGAUCACUCAGACAAGGUGCUGAGACUAGGACGGAGACGACGAUCUGAAUUUGGGGACGAUAGCUUUGGGACCACAACCCCUUUCCACCGAACGGGAGAAGGCAUCAGACGGAAUGAUGCAUUGGUGGGCGUCGUAUCUGCCCGGGAAUCUCAAAGAGGUGUGGUAGAUGCGAUCAUCAACAUAACUAAUGAUGUCCUUUUCCGAUUCGGUGCGGAAGAAGACGCCAUGAAAGCAACCGUCAACCAGUAUGGCCGUGGAGGCAACGAAAUCAUCCGAACACUAACAUCCACAUGGGAUCAACGUCUGGGUCACGAGCGCCGCAUCUUGGGGGAUGCGUUGAAGGCGGAGAAGGAGGUUCUCACAUCGGCGCUUCAGCUCGUGGAAGACGGACAGCAAUCUGGUGGAGCAUGGAAGGAGACAAUUUAUGAUCGGGAGUUAACGGGAAAGGUGCAGGAAAAGAGGAAUAGCCUUGUGAGGAAGAUUGAAGAGCUGAGGAAUAGAGGCGGUCAGUGAGCUAUCACGUGUGGUCGGGGAUGUUGUUCGACCAGGUUCAUGGGAGAAGAGGGUGGAUUUACUAUUGUGUGCUUGUAGUGAUUAUUCCAACGAUGUACUGGUGCGCGGAAAAGGCAUAUGUUCAAGGGCAGAUAAGUGAAGGUAGCAUUGAAAAGAUACAAGUAUUCCAUUUCCCCUCCGAGUGC